AUGGAGCCCGAACGCACCGCUAGAGCUCUGCUGGUGUGUUGCAGUGCAUUAUGGGUAGUCAGCUCCUCCAGGGUUCAAGCUCCUCCCCCUCGCUGUGACUCCAGGCUGGCGUUCUCCUCGGAGGUGUCCUCGUCUGACGGGAACGGGGACAUCCACCUGAGAUCUUUGUCUCCGUGGAGCUGGAGGUCGUCCACGGUGACCCACCGGAUCCCCUCCACGAUCUGGGAGGCCAAGUGCGGCAGCAGCUCCUGCUCUGGUCCCGGCGCCGGACGGGACCUGAACUCCGUCCCCAUCUACCAGAGCCUCCUGGUUCUGACCCGGCGGGAGCGAGAGCGCUGCUUCACCGCCUCGUACCGCUCGGUGGCCGUCGGCUGCACUUGUGUCAGGGCCAGAACCGGGCGGGACUGAACCGGCUCUACCGGGACCCGAGGCGUCAUCGGAACUAGAACCUCAACGGACUGAAUUGGACCCAGUCCAACCAGAACCAACCCGAUUACAACAAAAACCAUUGGAAUCUGAACCGUAACAUUGAUUUGAGUCCAAACACAAAGACGCUGAACCAAAACACCCGGAAACCCGGUGAACGUGAAGGUGACCCUCUGAACCAGAACCAGAACCCCUGAACCCGAGUGGAACCAAGAGACCAACGUUCCUCGUGUAGAUUGAGCGUUUUUUCAUGUUUCCUUUUCUUGUUUUGGGAUUUUGUCUCUUUAAUAAUAAAACGAUUAAAA